GUACGGCCGAUGGGUUUCCGAAGGCACCAAUCUUCCACCGGAAGGAGCCCGUGUCCCAAUUUCCCAAAACGAAAACCGCCCCGCACCAACGUUAACCUCCCCACCAAUCUCUCGCCUCGCCUCCACUCCCGAUCUCCCAAGUCUCCUCUCUUCCGCAGGAGCAGGAGGAACUCAUCGCCGCCAUGUCGUCGUGGCACCAGUACUACUCCACCUCGUCCGCGUCCUCCGCCUACGGCCGCCACGACCCCUACUUCGACGACGACGGCGGCGACGUCAAGCCGGCCGUGGUGGAGCACUGGCGCCGCGACCAGGCGGCCUACGGUUUUCCCGGCGCGGUGGACGAGGACGUCAAGCCGGCGAGGCCUGCGAAGCAGCCCCGGGCUCCGGCGGGAGGAGGAGCAGGAGGUCGCCGCGUCCACGACGGAGACGAUGGGACCGUGCUCUCCUGGCCCGCGGUGGAGCAGUUCCGCUCCACGUUGCGCACGCAGGAGUCCCUCGCCGGCCUCCGCGCCAGGUACGGCGUCCCCGAGGGGUUCGGCCUGAUCCCCGCGGGCGCCUCCCAGGCCGCCUGCGACCCGCCGCCGCCGCCCAGGGGCCGCGGCGGGUCGGCCGCGUCGGCGGUGCCGAUCUGCGUGUACGCGCAGGCGUUCGCGGCGGGGAUGCGCCUGCCGCUGCACCCGUUCGUCGCCGGCGCCCUCGCGCACUACGGCAUCGCGCCAUCGCAGCUGGCGCCCAACGGCUGGCGCGUCCUCGUCGCAUUCGCCGUGGUCUGCCACUUCCGCGGCGCGGGGGCGCCGUCGCUGCCCGUCUUCCGCCACUUCUUCGCCCUGACGCCGCUGCCCAAGGCCAAGGGCUGGUACUCCUUCCGCGGCAGGGAGAGCGUGCCCGCGCUCUUUACGGGGCUCCCCAACUCCACCAAGACGUGGAAGGAGGAGUUCCUGCUGGUGUCGCCGCUGCCCGGCGCGCCGUGGCGCUGCCCCGUGCGCUGGGGCGAACCGUCCAAGGAGGCCACCACCGACCCGGUGCUCACCGAGGGGGAGGCGGCCGUGGCGCGCCGCCUGGCGCAGGGCCACGGCGUCGUCGACCUCAAGACGUACCUGUCCGAGAGCAACCUCGUAGCCGCCAAGAUAAGCCGCGUGCCAGCGUGCUCUGGGACGGAGGCUUCCCGUGUCCAGCCAUCGCCCCCGGCCAAGAAGAAGAAAGCGGUGGCCUCGGCGCCGUCUGUUGCUGGUGGUGGUGGACCUAGCGGAGAGGCUCUUCGUUCAGAGCUUCAGGCGAAGGAGAGGGCUCUCGCGCAGGCCAAGGGCAAGAUCAGUAAGCUGGAGGAGGAGCUGGGCAAGGCAAAGGCGAGGGAACUCGCCGAGGCACGGCAGGCAUUGGCGUACGAGCGGCAGCUAGGGACGCAGGUGAUCAAGGCUGAAGGUGGCAAGGGUGCCGGGGCAGGCAAGCGCCGCCGUGGCGCCCAGUGAUCCACAUCGACGUUGUUCUGCGCACCGCAGCCCGCCGCUCCACACGAGCCGGCGAUCAACAAUGGUUUCUUCAUUUUGUAGCAUUUUGGCAAGGUCUUUUUAGGAGUCCGCUACAGGUUUCAGCAUAACCUGCUAGUCGUGUUGCAACCAAGUAGGACAUCUGUUUUUUGCCAAACUCUAGGUGCUGAAAUGCUAUCUGUCCAUUUCUUGCAUUGUCAAAAAAAAAGACUAGUUGAACACCAGAAAUUGCUUACAAGUAUGGACCAUGCGUUGUUUGCUGAA